AUGACUGCCGUGGGGGCGGAAGCGAUCCGAACAUCCAUCGAACAUCAAUUAAUACUACCCACUAUGGAUUCUCCACACCGGAGUCGGAAUCGUGCGGCAUGUCGGCGUUGCCAAAGACGCAAGAUCAGAUGUAACGGGGACCAGCCUCAGUGCUCGGCGUGCAAGAAGGCGAAUGUUCCAUGCGUUAAUGACGAGAAACAACAAGUAAAUCGAACCUAUAUUGCAAACCUGCAAAGACGAGUACAAUGGCUUGAAUCAUUGGUCAAGGAGCAGACCGAUGUAUGCCUAGAGGAUGGCCCUCCCCUGGCCCAGGAGGAAACCCACCAAAAACAACACCCUCACGAAUAUCUCCAUUCAGCUCUCACAGCAGCACCAGCUCAACAGGAACAACCUGCAGGGAUUUCCGUGGUUUCUCACCCGCCGGAACAAGCAAACCAAGCACAUGAAAUCGGGUUGGUAUCACUUUCUGCUGGUGGUGAGCUGAGAUAUAUUGGUCCUUCUAGUGGCUAUUUUCUUGCAAACCUUGUUUUCUCCAGCACCGGUCGGCGAACCAAUCCUCCAAGGGGUCAGAGCAGCAGGAAUGAGCCACUAUCGUUAUCAAGUGAGCUUUUUGACAGUCCAGCCCCAUUACCGACUCGCAAAGAAGACGCAGUCGAAUUAUCCGCUAAAUAUUUCUCAUUCAUCCACAUCCUAUACCCAUUCCUUCAUGAACCCUCUCAUAUGGAGCGUGUGGAGAAGAUGUAUGCCACAAGAGGCUGCUCUGAUCCGAUGGCCGCCUUUCACGUCAACAUGGUACUGGCUAUCGCCGCCUCGGAUCUCUCUAGACGUUUUCGUAUCCGACUUCCUGCUGAGGGGUACUACACUGCAGCCACAAAGUUUUUUGAAAAGGCUUGCGCAGAGGGCUCUCUUGAUGGUCUUCAAAGUUUGCUUCUUCUCAUGGUCUAUGCGCUACAUAACCCCUCGUGUGGAGUGAAUAUCUGGAGUCUUAAUUACCAAUGUCUUGCUGCGCUUAUCGACUUAGGUCUUCAGCGUGAUGUCCGUACAUCUUCCACGUUUCCAAUUUCAUUCUUACAGCAAGAAAUGCGAACCCGGAUCUUCUGGGUAGUUUACAGCUUUGAUCGCACCUUGGGGACCAUGAUGGGAAGACCAAUUGGAGUACGCGAUGAAGCAUGUGAUCUGCGAUUUCCAUCGGAUGUUUCUGACUCCGAUCUCAGCCAGUCCGCACCCGAGGGAAGCGCGAUCGAGAAACCGUCGUCUCAUGUGACAUACUCCAUCCAUCUCUUCAAAUUGGCACGCAUCAAUUCCGAGAUAAAAUAUGUCAUGCACAGCAUUUGCAGGGAUGCUCCCCAUUACGCCUAUCCUCCGGUUACCAACAUUCAUGAAUGGCAAGGAGAAAUGAUCCAUCGGCUUCAAGCGUGGGUAUCUGAAAUCCCCCAGACUGCUGGCAUGGAGUCAAUCGCGAAAAUAUGCGAGACGAAGUAUCACGAAAUGAUGAUCCUUCUCUUGCGGCCUAGCCCUGGCAUACCGGAGCCCUCGGAAGAGCUGCUUUCCUGUUGCUUCCAGCACACUGUGGAUCUUCUCAGGGGGUUCGGUGAGCUCUACCGACAAGAGGCGCUCAUAUAUAGUCGACUCAUUGUUCACUCCAUCUUUCUGACUACCAUGAUAAUGUUACAUUGCCUAUGCAGGCUGCCACAAGUUUCAUCUCAGGUGCAAAUCGAUGAUGUGGUGGCGGAUACUUGGAUUAGCUUGAACAUCCUAAGUAGCAUCGGGGAAUACUGGAUAGAAGCCAAGCGAGCAAGAGAUUGCAUUCAAGACUUAUCGAAUGCCACAAUUCAACGCUUGGUCAGAAGCCGGGGAUUGGAGACAUCGAAGGCAAGGAAAGGAGAGACUACUUUCCUCUCUACGAUUGGGAGGAAUGAUCGGAAUCAAAAUACAAACAUCGAGAUAGAUCUCGACCCCUUGGAGUCGGCCAUUAACAUUGCCCCGACUACGAGCGCAGUCGAUGAUUAUGAUUUCAACUUAGACCCAACGAGCUGGUUGGACGAGUCAACGUCUGGUGGAUUCAUGGAUUUUGCGGGUAUUCCAGAUUUCGAUGGCUUGAUGUGGCAGGUCUUUAACAACACAUAG